AUGAAGCUUCCAACAUGCAUUGAUGAGAUGACCAUCGUCAUCACAGUGAGUGCAAUGAGGCCGAUUUUUGGAAGAUCCGGCGCGGCGGUCUUCAUAGUUAGAGUUCUAAUAGCCAUGAAUGCAGCAUCGAAGGUUCCAGCAGCUCAUGAGGCUCCAAGCAUGCGUUGCUUCUCUUCUUGGUUGACGGAAGCUUAUGCUUAG